GCAGAGAACAGAGUCAACAUCUCCACCUACACACACAAACCUGCGUUUCAUAGAAACCAACAGAUGAAACCAGCAAACAUGUCCGUAUGGAGCUCGGAUUAAAACAUCUGAUUCUGUCUUGAGCAAAAAGUAAAGUGUGAGAAAAAUAAGUCAGAGAAUAAUAAGCAUUACAUUAAAAACACAUUUAGCAACAAAAACUGAGUUGUUGCUGCAGUGGGUCUGGAGGAAGAGGAGCACUGAUCAUUGGAUGAUGAAGAUCUUGGUAAAACAUUUCAAUCAGGGCUGAAAUCAGUGCAGUUUAUUCUACAGUCUUUAUUACAGGCUUUGUUUUGAUCUGAGCAGAGAAAAAUAAAACCUGUUAUUCAGGGAGUUUUUUAGCAGCUCAAAUGUUGAAUUUUAGACACUGGAACAAAACACACCUUGAUUAUGGGUGAGGCAGCAAAUUUGACAGGUUUAAGCUCCGCCCCCAAACCUGUUCUACCUCAACUAAAGCAGGAAACAGUUUGUGAUCAUUGAUUCCUGCAGAGAGUCUCCCAGACGAUCAGAUUCACCUUCAGACCAAACUAGCAGCUUCCUCUGAGUGAAUCCAGCUGCAGGAGAGAAACGUGGAAACCCCCAACUCUGCUGCUUCAAGCUGCUCACACUGAAGCUUCACUCAGAGACAAAAUGGCUUCCAUGUCUGAGGAGGAUUUCUGCUGUCCAGUCUGUAGGGACGUCUUUAAGAAUCCGGUUGUUCUGUCAUGUACCCACAGCUUCUGUGAGGAAUGUCUGAAGAACUGGUGGAGAGAGAAACCAUCAAGACAGUGUCCAGUUUGUAAGAGGAGAUCUUCUAAGGCUGAUCCGCCUUUAAAUCUGGUUCUAAGGAACCUGUGUGAGACUUUCUUACAGCAGAGAGACCAGAGAGUUUCAGAGGAUCUCUGCAGUCUGCAUUCUGAGAAACUCAAACUCUUCUGUCUGAACCAUCUAAAACCAAUUUGCUCCAUCUGCAGAGAUUCAGAAAAACACACCAACCACAGAUUCAGACCCAUCGAUGAAGCUGCUCAGCAACACAAGAAGAAACUUCAGGAAACUCUGGAGCCUUUAAAGAAGAAACUGGAGCUGAAGAAGAAAGUUAAAGAGGAGUUUUAUUGGACAACAGAACACCUGAAGGUCCAGGCCCGACACACAGAGAGGCAGAUUGUUGAGCAGUUUAAGAAGCUUCAUCAGUUUCUAGUAGAGGAAGAGGAGGCCAGGCUGGCUGCACUGAGGGAGGAAGAGGAGCAGAAGAGAGGGAUGAUGAAUGAGAAGAUGGAGGCUCUGAGCAGAGAGAUAGCAGCUCUUUCAGACACAGUCAGAGCCGCAGAGGAGGAGCUGAGAGCUGCAGACGUCUCAUUCCUGCACAACUACAAGGCUGCAGUGGAAAGAGUCCAGCGCUGCCCCCUGCUGGAGGAUCCGCAGCUGCCCUCAGGAGCUCUGAUAGACCAGGCCAAACAUCUGGGCAACCUGGCCUUCAACAUCUGGAGCAACAUGAAGGACAUGGUGACCUACACUCCUCUGGUUCUGGACCCAAACACUGCUGGGUCAAAGGUCAUCCUGUCUGAAGAUCUGACCAGAUUUACUAGAGAAGAGAAACAGCAGCUUCCUGAUAAUCCAGAGAGGUUUGAUGAAUGGGAGUCUGUUCUGAGCUCUGAGGGUUUUAACUCAGGGAACCACAGCUGGGAUGUUGAAGUUGGAGACAGUGAAGGCUGGGUGCUUGGUGUGAUACCAGAGUCUGUCCAGAGAAAGGGAGAGAUAGAGUCUGGAUGGUUGGCUAUAUGGUUAUAUAAAGGUAAAUAUAAAGCAGAGUUUCCACCAGCUCCAGUCACGUUUCUCUCAGUCCAGAAGAAAGUCCAGAGGAUCAGAGUGAAUCUGGACUGGGACGGAGGAAAGCUGUCGUUCUAUGAUCUGAAUACUAACACACACAUACACACCUUCACACACACCUUCACUGACAAGAUGUUUCCAUUGUUCAACACUUGGAAUAAAGUAAAAAUCCUCCCUAUGAAGAUCUCAGUGAUCAAACAGCAGCUCUGAUGUUCUCAGCAUGAAGAACAAAUGAAACUUUAUUGAUCAGAUUGAAACUCUGUGAUUUAAGCAGGAAACUGAAGAUGAUCUGAUCUGAUGAUCUGCUUGUUUUCAACUCAGCUUAAUAAUCCUUCCAGAUGCUACAUGUAGCACUACUUAAUGUAGUUAAGGGACUAGAUGGCAUAUAACACCAGAAGACUAGGUUCAUCUACUGGAGCGGUUGUCAGUAAUCAAUAAAACAAUACAAAAGAAUAACUGCUUUCAAUAUUAUGUAUUUUAAAGGAAAAAAUAUUAAAUGAACACCACAAGACACAAACAUACAUGGAAACUGUUGGAUAAAUUGUAUUUUUAGUAAUUAUCAAAUAUUCGUUGUAUCAUGUAGCCUUGUAGUUACAUUUAGAUAAU